CGGCCUUUUUUUCUGACGACUAGUGUAAAAUAUCAACUGCCCAUCACUUUCAGACAAGGUGUCAAAAGGAUCCGUCAAUGCUUUCACACCCAAAACGUCAUACUUCAGGCCUUGUCAAAACUUCAACGUUAGGGAGGCAAGUAAAAGAAGGCUCAUCAGUUUCUCCAAGAAGAUGAAGAAACCAAUCCAAUCAAAUCCAGUCCCAUGUCUUUCCUCCAUUCUUGUUGCAACUCUACUACUAUUAUUACCGAAUGCAUCAUUAGGAGAUCCGAGAGCCCAAACAGUUCGAGUCAUGUGCGGAAACCAACUCGAGCACAACGCCACCAUCUACGUUCCCAAUUUCGUCGCGACAAUGGAGAACAUCAGUGUCCAGAUGAGAACAUCUGGCUUCGGAAUAGCCGUGACCGGUUCGGGACCCGACACUAACUACGGCGUGGCCCAAUGCUACGGCGAUCUCACCCUACCCGACUGCGUCCUGUGCUACGCCGAGGCGCGCACUGUCCUCCCCCAGUGCUUCCCGUUCAAUGGUGGCCGCAUUUUCCUCAACGGCUGCUUCAUGAGAGCCGAAAACUAUAGCUUCUUCCAAGAGUAUAGUGGGCCCCAGGACACGUCGGUGUGUGGAAACUUGACGCAGAAAAACUCGGCUUUCAAGGAUUCGGCCAGGCAAGCCGUGACGCAAGUGGUUGACAAUGGGCUGAAGGGUAAUGGGUUUGCGCGGGCUCAGGUGGCAGUUUCUGGGGCAACGAAUGAGUCAGUUUUUGUUUUGGCGGAUUGUUGGAGGACAUUGAGCGCAAAUUCUUGCAGGGCCUGUUUGGAGAACGCUUCCCAGUCGGUGUUGGGGUGCUUGCCUUGGUCCGAGGGGCGGGCAUUGAACACUGGAUGCUUCCUGAUGUAUUCGGAUACAAAUUUUCUGAAUCCGGUGGUGGGAAAUGGGAAUUCGAGAGUGUCGGUGGCAGUGAUAGUAGUCGCGGUUGUCAGUUCGGUCUUAGUUUUGGUAGUUGGGGGAGUUAUUGGAAUUUACAUGUGGAAGCGCAGAGUCAUUGAGAAGAAGAGAAGAGGUUCAAAUGAUGCAGAGAAAUUGGUGAAGACACUUCAUGACAGUAGCUUAAAUUUCAAAUACUCCACGCUUGAGAAAGCAACCGAAUCUUUCGAUGAGGCAAAUAAACUUGGUCACGGGGGAUUCGGAACAGUUUACAAGGGAGUUCUACCUGAUGGAAGAGAGAUUGCUGUGAAGAGGCUAUUCUUCAACAAUAGACACAGAGCAGCAGAUUUCUACAACGAGGUUAACAUUAUAAGCAGCGUGGAGCAUAAAAACCUGGUCAGGUUGUUGGGAUGCAGUUGUUCAGGACCAGAAAGCCUUCUUGUCUAUGAAUUCCUGCCAAAUAGGAGUCUCGAUCGCUUCAUCUUUAAUUCAGACAGAGGGAAAACGUUGAACUGGGAGAAGAGAUAUGAAAUAAUUAUUGGGACAGCGGAAGGUCUGGUUUACCUUCAUGAAAACAACAAGAACCGGAUCAUUCACAGAGAUAUAAAAGCCAGUAACAUCUUGUUGGAUUCUAGGCUUCGUGCCAAAAUUGCUGAUUUCGGUUUGGCAAGGUCUUUCCAAGAAGAUAAGAGUCACAUCAGCACCGCAAUCGCAGGAACACUGGGAUAUAUGGCACCAGAGUACCUAGCCCAUGGGCAGUUAACAGAGAAGGCAGAUGUAUACAGUUUUGGUGUUCUUUUGUUAGAGAUUGUCAUAGGAAGGCAAAACAACAAGAGCAAAUCCGCUGAAUACUCUGAGAGUCUGGUCAUAAUUGCAUGGAAGCAUUUCCAGCAAGGAACAGUGGAGGAACUCUUCGACCCAAACCUAAUGUUACACAACUACCACCACAAUCCCAGCGUAAAAAACGAGGUUUUGAGAAUCAUACAUAUAGGGCUUCUGUGCACCCAAGAGGCUCCUUCGUUAAGACCAUCGAUGUCGAAGGCACUACAGAUGCUGGCAAAGACGAACGAACACCUUCCUCCACCUAGUAAUCCGCCUUUUGUUGAUGAGAAAACCAUGGAACUUAACGACACGGGUGAAAACCCCGCGCAUCCCUUUAAUGGUGGCAAUUCUGCUUCAGUUGCCAGUGUAUCCCAUAGUUCAUUUUACCCCAGGUGACACCUUAGUGGGCUGGGUUUUGAACUUGAAUGGGAAAUUUCCCGAUGAAACGGAAAUUAGUAUUAAAAAGGAAAAGAUCGGGAAGUACAUUGAAGAUUAAAUAAUAAAUAUCGACCGUCAUUGAUGGGUAGGCAUUUGGUAACGGUUGAUACAUGUGAUAUGAAACGGGCAUUUGAGUUUGUGAAGAAAGAAGUAUGGAGUGGAUCUUUGUUGGCACUUUGACAAUUUUUGAGCUAAUAUAGAACUUAUACAUAUGUACGCACACAGAUGAGAGAGAGACUCGUGGUAUUAGAGACAUCUCUUUGAGAUAUAUUUUAGUAAGUUUUUUUUGAAACGGAUAUAUAUUUGAAGUUGACAGCGCAUGGACUGAAAAUAGUGUGAAUCAUCGAUAGAAAAUUUUGCUUA